AUGCACAAAGCUCAAAUAACACUGAAGACGCUGGACUACCACAAAUACAGGAGCAUCAUAAUCUCUGGCGAGGAUGACGAGUUGGAAAGGUGUAGUAAGGAGGUGCGUGCUUUUUAUGAAAUUGUUCGAACUUUGAGGACGAGGAAGAAAUCCUUUAAAGUAACAACGAAUCACAGCAUUGAAAACGACAAUGACGCUUCCUCCUUCGACCACAACAACGUCAAGACCACAACUUCAAACGUUAACGAUGGAUUUACGAGCGACAGGCAGCGAUUGAUGUCCAUCUGCGGCUACUACAAACUUAUGACUGAAGCCAGGAGAGUAGCGCCGAUCGACGUGAAGUUAAAAAGUGGAUGGUGGGGAGCUUCCAAAUCGCAGAUUGAUGCUGGCAAAGUGAAAAUUGCAGGACUGAAGUUAGAAUUGACUGUCAUUUGUAACGUUUCGAUGCAGGAAGAAUUGUUGAUGAAGCAGAAAGAGUCAGCUGAAUUGCAAAAUUUGAGAAGUAUUGAAGCAAGCAAGGUGAAAAAUGGAAAAAUCGCCACAUCACCCACAUCAACGUCAUCAAAAACGUCUUUAAAAUUUCAAAGCGUCAUCGACACUGGCUCGGAAAUAAAUUUCAGCAAACUGAUCGAUGGCCACCCAUCCAUCUAUGCACUCCAGCACAAACGCCUGCCUUGCUUCCAAUACAUCGGCUAUUCAGAUCACGUACUCCAAACAAUGCACGACCUAUUGACUUUGGCCUUUGAAGCUGAAGUUUCAGGAGCUUUGGUAGCUGCCCUCUUAACUUCAAUUUCGUCAGAUUGGAGGUUUCACUUCCUUCCCCUCAAAUGCGAGAAUGAAGACGAAAGUAUGGAUGUUUGA